AUCAACAGUCAAGCAAACAAAAUGGUUUCAGCAAAAGGCACCGCCAUUGGCAUCGACCUGGGCACCACAUACUCCUGCGUGGGUGUUUUCCAGCAUGGCAAAGUGGAGAUCAUUGCCAAUGACCAGGGUAACAGGACCACACCCAGCUACGUGGCAUUCACAGACACUGAGAGGCUCAUUGGCGACGCCGCUAAGAACCAGGUGGCGUUGAACCCCAGUAACACAGUGUUUGAUGCCAAGCGACUGAUUGGAAGGCGGUUUGAUGAUCCUGUGGUACAAUCGGACAGGAAGCACUGGCCCUUCAAGGUAGUCGCCGAUGGAGGGAAGCCCAAAAUCCAGGUGCAAUACAAAGGGGAGGAGAAGGCUUUCAAUCCUGAAGAAAUUUCCUCCAUGGUGCUGGUGAAAAUGAAGGAGACGGCCGAAGCUUAUCUAGGUCAGCAGGUGUCCAGCGCCGUGGUCACAGUCCCUGCCUACUUUAACGAUUCCCAGCGUCAGGCCACCAAAGACGCUGGUGUCAUUGCCGGACUGAAUAUUCUGAGGAUCAUCAAUGAGCCCACGGCGGCAGCCAUCGCUUAUGGUCUGGACAAACACCAGUCAGGAGAACGCAACGUUCUCAUCUUUGACCUGGGUGGCGGCACUUUUGACGUGUCCAUCCUGACCAUCGACGGUGGUAUUUUUGAGGUUAAAGCCACCGCUGGAGACACACAUCUGGGCGGAGAGGACUUUGACAACCGCAUGGUGGAGCACUUUGUGGCCGAAUUCAAAAGGAAGCAUAAGAAGGACAUUGGCCAGAACAAAAGGGCUCUGAGGAGACUGCGCACCGCCUGCGAGAGGGCCAAGAGAACACUGUCCUCCAGCUCCCAGGCCAACAUCGAGAUCGACUCUCUCUUUGAGGGCAUCGACUUCUACACUUCCAUCACCAGAGCUCGCUUUGAGGAGCUUUGCUCUGACCUGUUCAGGGGAACUCUAGAGCCGGUAGAGAAAGCCCUGAAAGACGCCAAGAUGGACAAGGGCCAGAUCCAUGACAUAGUCCUCGUCGGUGGCUCCACACGAAUCCCCAGAAUCCAGAAGCUCCUGCAGGACUUCUUCAAUGGCAGGGAGCUGAACAAGAGCAUCAACCCCGACGAGGCGGUGGCUUACGGCGCUGCUGUUCAGGCUGCCAUCCUGACGGGGGACACCUCGGGCAAUGUCCAGGACCUGCUUCUGCUGGAUGUGGCGCCUCUGUCGCUUGGCAUUGAGACUGCCGGAGGAGUUAUGACGCCACUCAUCAAACGCAACACUACCAUCCCCACCAAGCAGACGCAGAUCUUCAGUACAUACUCUGACAACCAGCCCGGUGUUCUCAUCCAGGUCUUAGAAGGCGAGAGAGCCAUGACCAAGGACAACAACCUGCUGGGAAAAUUCGAGCUGAGCGGAAUCCCACCAGCUCCGCGAGGCGUACCGCAAAUUGAGGUCACCUUCGACGUGGACGCCAACGGCAUCCUUAGCGUGUCGGCGGUUGACAAAAGCACCGGCAAGGAAAACAAGAUCACUAUCACCAACGACAAAGGCCGUCUGAGCAAAGAGGAAAUAGAGAAGAUGGUGGACGACGCCCAAAAGUACAAAGCUGAGGACGACCAGCAGCGGGACAAGAUCGCCGCAAAGAACGCGCUGGAGUCAUAUGCCUUUACCGUGAAGAGCAGCGUGCAGGAUGAGAAGGUGGCGGCCAAGUUGUCCGAGGAGGACAAAAAGACACUAAUGGACAAGUGUGAGCAGACACUCAGCUGGCUGGAGAGCAAUCAGCUGGCCGACAAAGAUGAGUUCCAGGACAAGCAAAAGGAGCUGGAACGUGUCUGUCAGCCAAUUAUUAGCAAAUUGUACCAGGGGGCGGGACCCACGCAAAGCUGCAGUAGUCAGGCCCGGGCAGCUCAGGCCGGUGCCCAGGGGCCCACCAUUGAAGAAGUGGACUGA